AUGCUUUUCAGCCUGAUUAGCCUUGCAUUGAGCUCUUGUUCUGAUUCCAAAACUUUCAUAUUCAUAUCACCAUAUAAAGGAGUUACAUAUGCAAACUGCACAUGUAUGUUAACUGCAAAUACUAGAAAUAGUUUGCCAAGUGAUUGGACCGUGCCAAGUACUGUUAAUUAUAAUGGUGAUGCAUAUACUGUAAUUGCUAUUAAAGAUUUUUCAUCUUACCAAUUUACAUCAAUAACAUUCCCCGAUUCGAUUCAAAGAAUAGAUUCAAAAGCAUUCCUGGCAAACACAAUAAAAAGGGUUACAUUUGGAACAGGAUUACAAUAUUUGGGAAGUGGUGCAUUCAAAAACGCGUAUCUUGGAACCGUCAUUCUUCCGAACACAUUUAAACUUCUGUAUUUAUCUGCAUUUGCAAGAGCAACAGAAAUAAUAAUUCCAUAUGGAAUACAAGCUUUUGGAGAUGAACCAUUUAACAACUCUAAUACAUUAAUCAAUAUUAAAGGCAAUUAUCCCUCAGAUUCAAUUCAAAUCCUCAAUGCAGAUAAGAUUUAUUACUAUGGAACUGAUGAUUGCUUAACAAUAACUGGUACAGUAAGGAAAAUAUAUGUAACAGCUAAUUAUAAAACAUCAACAUUAGGUGGUAAACCAGCAACUGUUUGCUUACAAGGAGAUUUCAGGUUCGAAGCAAAAACAGCUAGUCCAUUAACAUAUGCUGCUGCAGAGUAUUUCGGAGCUGAUAGAACUCCAUCAGUCCCAGCAACAUUCAAUGAAGGCAAAGUCACACAAAUAGGCCAGAAUUUAUUCAAAGAUAACACAAUUAUAUCUUCAUUUGUAAUCGGAAAAAUUAUUUUGAAAAUAGGCGAUUAUGCAUUUUCAGGGUGUACCAAUCUGAGAAGGAUUACAUUUGAAGAGAGUUGCAAAUUAAUUGAAAUAGCAAGCUAUGCUUUUUCAGGUUGUGCAUCAUCUAGCUUUACUUCAAUUGUUCUUCCAAAAACUGUGAAUAAAAUUGGGGCAAAUGCAUUUUUGGGAUGCAUUAAAUUAACUACUGUAACUUUACCAAGUUUAAUAACAUCAAUUGAUCCUUCAUGCUUUUCAAAUUGCCCAUUAGAAACAGUCAAUAUUAUUGACUCUGGAGAUGGAUAUAUUUCAACUUAUGAAGGAUGCUCAACAUUAACAGGAAAGGUUAUUAUUGGAGACGGAAUUACCGAAAUCGAUAGUUUUGGAUUUAAAGGAACAAGAAUCAAAAAUGUUCAAUUCAAUUCGGUUACAACCAUCAAAGAAGGUGCAUUUGAACAAUCUUCACUGCAAUGCAUUUUAAUUUUACCUGCAACAGUUACAACAGUUGAAGUGGAUGCAUUUUCUAAAUGCGCUGAUCUAUCCAGAGUUUAUUAUUGCGGAACAUCCAAAUUUGAUCAAAAAGCAUUUAAUGAAAACUCAUUCACAAAGAUUUAUGUAUUAUCAACUUAUCCAGAGUCAAAUAUAUUCGGCUUAACCUCAAAUAAAGUACUAAAUGAGCAAUGUCAGGAUCCUGAAUCAGCAGAUCAAUGCCCAAGUCAUGAAAAGCCAAUAAUUAUUGAGCCUGAUGAUGAAACAAAGUCUGGUGGUGGCUCUACAUCAGGAGGUUCCACUUCUGGAGGAUCUACAUCAGGAGGUUCUACUUCUGGUGGCUCUACAUCAGGAGGUUCUACUUCUGGAGGAUCUUCAUCAGGAGGUUCCACUUCUGGUGGCUCUACAUCAGGAGGUUCUACUUCUGGAGGAUCUUCAUCAGGAGGUUCCACUUCUGGUGGCUCUACAUCAGGAGGUUCCACUUCUGGUGGCUCUACAUCAGGAGGUUCCUCUUCUGGUGAUGAAGUAUCAAAAGAUAAUAAAGAUGGAUCUCUUGUUAAAGAUGCCGCCGAAAGUCUCAAUAAACUACCAGUCUGGGCUAUAGUCCUAAUAUGCCUUGGAGUUGUUGGAGUAAUUGUUGCAGUAAUUAUUAUGGCGUUACGUUCUCAAAUUACACAAUUCUGUGGGGAGUGUAAUAUAAUUAAAGGCCAAGCUGAAGUUUAA